CGUCAAUUAAUUUUGCCACGUCUAAUUUACCAAAGUUCCCACACUGAGCUUGGCUAUACAGCAGGACGUAAAACUACGUUCUCUAUACAAUUGGAAACCCGGAGUUUUGCACAGAUAUACAACAAACUGGGACAAAUCAGCAAACAAGUGGUUCACAAUCUUAUCCAUAUCGUUCAGCGGGCCCUCUAAGAAACAAUGGCGACCCCAACAUCCUCACAAAUCCUGCCCCCAAAGCCCUCUUCCUCCGACUUUGACAUCGUCGCCACCUACCGACGCCUCCUCGCCUCUGAUCCAGACCUUACAAUGCCCAUUGCUGCUAUAGAGGCUCUUGUCGAAGCUCUCUCACAUUCCAGCGCAACUACUAUCUCUGAAACCCUCACCCUUCUCGAGCACCACACCGCGAACCUGAAGCGCUCCAUCUCAAACCCCAUCUCCCUGUCCGCAGGUACAGACCUCUUCCGGCGAUACCUAUACACCACUGUCCAAAAACCGGGCGCCACGGGCGACUUCCAGGCAAUCCGUAACCAUCUGUUGAGCAAUGGGCGACAAUUCGUAGAACGUACGAAAGCAGCAAGAGACCAAAUAGCAUCUUUCGGACGGCAUUUUGUGCGUGAUGGAACGACAGUGCUGACGAAUGGCGGGAGCAGAGUUGUGGGCGCAUUACUACGCUCCGCUGCAGAUGCGUCUGGAGGCCGCACCAGUAUUCGCUUCCGCGUCAUCUACGUGCUCUCGCCUAGUACCUCCUCAUCUUCGUCCUCAGACAAAGCAUCCACACUUGAAGGUGAAGGUGCCGCAAUUGUCUCCAUGCUACGAAGUCGCGGUGUGCCUGUGGCCACAAUCCCCGAAUCGGCAGUCGCAUACUCUCUCCCACAAGUUAGCAUGGUGAUCGUAGGCGCUGAAGGCGUUGUCGAAAGUGGUGGAAUUAUAUCAAGACUAGGGACAUACCAGAUGGGCAUGCUGGCGCGCGCGGCGGGAAAGCCAUUGUAUGUUGUUGCUGAGAGCCAUAAAUUCGUGCGGUUGUACCCGUUGGGGCAGUAUGACCUAGGGAUCGAGCAGAAGGUGAUUGAGUUCAAGGUCAUUGAAAACGGCAAGGAAGAAGUUGUGGAAACGGAGAGAGGGACACCGCUUGUAGGUGGGAGCGCGAGGAUGUUGGAUGAAGGUGUUGGUAUGGAGGACGAAGUUGGCAAGGAGGAAAUGGAAGGGGUUGACGAGGCUGUUGAUUUCACACCACCCGAGCUUAUCUCUGGCAUCAUCACCGAAUCCGGCGUGUUGACACCGAGUGCAGUCAGCGAAGAGCUCAUCAAGAUCUGGUUUUGACGUAAGCAUGUGGCCGCAUAGUCCAGUCGACAUAGCAAUCAAGACAUAUCGGUGGAAAACCGAAACGGGAGCUGCCGAAAGAUCUGUUAGGACAAUCUCAGCUUGAUUGUUUGGUCACACAAAGCCGCGAAUCCUGCCUCACGAGAGCAAUAUCCAGUCAGACCGCAGCGGUAACGUACGAUCUUUGCACAUAGCACAUUUACAACGUCCCUCAUGCGACGAAUAUCUGCGACACAGGACUCGACCAAACGCCUUACCCACUCCAACUCGUGAAAAGGAAUCUAUCUGAGCCUGCCUACAGACCAAGAGAGGUUAUACCUAGCUACGUGUAUCUGGUAGGCAGAUAGGGGCGUGCAUUAUAGAAGCAUGGUUUCUGACCAGCCUACGAAAGGCGCGGCUGCACGAAGAAACACGCCCGAAGUCCAACAACCUCCUAGACAACACUGUGACAUGUAUCUAAUACUAUAUAAACAUCAACUUAAGCCCGAAAAAUACAUG